CAUCCUUUUCUGCCUGACCUCAACAGGUCACACAUGCUCUCACUGGAGCCCAGACACAAGCAGCUUAAUGUUCAUUAGCAAAUAUUGAUUGCGGUGCCGCUCACAUCGAGGAUAUCAGAAACAAGGCUGAAAAAGAGGAAAGUUAGCGGGGCCAGGAAUUUGGCAUCAACUGAUCAGGAUAAGUAAACAGACAAAUACAUUGGACCAGUGCAAGCUUUGUUUUCUGCGUUGGUGCCUGACGACCCUCCUGAAUGAAUGAGUGGGUGGGCCCCGACAUCAAUGUGGUGGGACCUCUGCAAAUCCCACCCAGCGAUGAAUUCCUCAUCUCAGAGAGCUCCCACUUGUUUGAUAUUCUGGCAGAUCAAGGCAGUCCUCUCCUGCAGGAUCCGGACAUCUUACCCUUCACCGGCUAUCCCAGCAUGCCGUAUCCAUCCAUGGAGCCGACCAUACCUUCCACACCAUACUACUCCAGUCAGAACUACUACCCUCAGUACGAUGGAGAAGAAUGGUACUCUCACACGGGGAUAUAUGAACUGAGGAAAGGACCCCUGGAAGUCGGCUAUGAUGCUGAGAUGGAGGAGGUGUCCGCUGUUGUGCCUGUCGUGUGCAAGAGGACACGGCACAUGUCGGGGCCCGGGCGGGCCAAAGGGGAGGAACUGUGUGUGGUGUGUGGAGACAAGGCCUCUGGAUAUCACUAUAAUGCUCUCACGUGUGAGGGAUGUAAAGGUUUCUUCAGACGGAGCAUAACCAAGAACGCUGUGUACAAAUGCAAGAGUGGUGGAAACUGUGAGAUGGACAUGUACAUGCGCAGGAAAUGCCAGGAGUGUCGGCUACGAAAGUGCAAGGAGAUGGGCAUGCUGGCUGAAUGCCUGCUGACAGAGAUCCAGUGUAAGUCUAAAAGGCUGCGGAAGAACACCAAAGCCUCCCCGGGAGAGUCGACUGGAGAUGAGACGGAGGGGGCGGACAACGCAGACAACAAACAGGUCACCUCAACCACCAAACUGUCAAAGGAAAAAGUGGAACUCACCAAAGAGCAGCGGGCGCUCGUGAAAGCCAUUGUAGAUGCUUACAACAGACAUCAAAUUCCUCAAGACGUCACCAAAAAGCUGCUACAGGACCAGUACAGCGCAGAGGAAAACUUCCUCCUAUUGACAGAAAUGGCAACAAGUCAAGUUCAAGUUCUGGUGGAGUUUACAAAAAAUAUUCCAGGCUUUCUCUCUCUGGACCGUGAGGAUCAGAUCGCUCUGCUGAAGGGUUCGGCUGUGGAGGCCAUGUUUCUGCGCUCAGCUCAGGUUUUGAGCAAAAAGAUGCCAAAUGGCCACACAGAAGUUUUGGAAGAGCGGAUACGCAAGAGUGGAAUAUCAGAAGAGUUCAUGACACCAAUGUUUAACUUUUACAAAAGCAUUGGUGAACUCCACAUGGUGCAAGAGGAACAGGCUCUCCUCACCUCCAUUACUAUCCUCACACCAGAUCGGCCUUACGUGAAGGAUCAUCAGGCUGUUGAGAGACUUCAGGAGACCAUGCUGGACGUGCUGAGGAAGCUGUGUGUCCUGCAGCACCCACAGGAGCCGCAGUACUUUGCUCGUCUUCUUGGCCGUCUGACAGAGCUGAGAACACUCAGCCACCACCACGCGGAGAUGCUCACGUCCUGGAGGAUGAAUGACCACAAAUUUACACCGCUACUCUGUGAGAUCUGGGAUGUGCAGUGACACACCAAGAAAAGUGAGUAAAGCCAUAAAAAAGGGAUGAUAACACGAACAAUUCAUAUUGCAAGACAGUCACAUCUGACUACAGUUCAUAUUUAUACCGGAUGAUGUGAGAAUGUGCAAUGAAAUCCCUGCACCACCUGUUGAUGGCAUCAGUCACGACUCAGUGCACAGUUCAGAGUAUUGUUUGUGUUUAUUCUUCUCAUGUAUUUUUUAUGACUCACAACAUCAUCAUGUCCAGCUACUGUGUGAUUCAGUCAUAUCAGACUUGCCUUGUUAUUGAGAUGUUGUGACAGGGUUUUCAGUGCAAAGAGGUAACUGUUCAAAGGAUGGAUUUGGCAAACUCCCUCUUACUGUUUACAUCAUGUAAAACAUUUUGAAGUCCCAAUAUGAUUAGAUAGACAAGUACAAACACUGAAACUUAUUCAAAGCAAGGGCGCUAAUGAGAAGUCGAAGUUGAGAUUGCAUUUAGGUUAAUAAUGGCUUAGUUUAUUUUUUAUUCAUAAAACUCACUGUACAUGUACUUUCUGUAAAUAUGCAAAAGUUGUAUGUUCUGC